UGUCUGCAACACUGUUAGAGGGAGAAGCGAGAAUGACCGAAGAAAGAAAGAAAACGUUCCGGCGGACAGAGGUUCCUGUUGCAGCUGUUGCAGUCACUAGCCAACAAAGACCUUAUUAACAGGACAAAAGGCUAAAAAGAAAAGCUGCCACAAUUCACUACCUCAAAACAAAAAAGGAUACCCUAUGAAAUACAGGGAAGAGAAGAGAGCUUUAUUUCCUUCUGUUGUGAUGCUGAUUCUGCCAAAAUAAAAAGCUCAUCACUGAAGCUUUCCAUCUCAUCAGUGAGAGAAAGAGAGCGCUCUCCGGCAAUCUCUCCUUCUCCAAUCCUUCCCCCCCUCCCCUUGGAGCAAUCAACGGAUUAUUGCUAACUGUGCGGGAGGCAGCCUGCAGCUGCUGCGUCUACUGGUGGAGAACUGGCUAGUUAAGCUACUGACUGCAAUGUGCUGUUCAUAGCUGAUUUUAAAUCAGCCGAUCUUGGCAGAGAGUGAAACAGACUAGAGAGCGUGGAUACACUGAGAAAGAAAGAUCGACUGCAGCAGCAAAAAGGUGGGGAAUAAACAACAAAAAAAAUCUACAUAAUUCGCAUUGCCUGGAUUCUACACGAGCGAUGGAGCUUGCUCAACAGCUUUCUCAACUCAGAGGACAAACACCACGACUGUUGAUGGCGCUACUCUCUGGGGUAGAGAGGAUGCAUGCACCUGCAUAGCCGAUUGGGCCUCACCUCUGUUGGUCCUUUCUACUGUUUGGAUUUACUAGGAGCCAUUUUGUGAUUUUUUUUUUUAUUUAAGGAUGAUGAAGGAAAAAUAGCACUAGUAUCUAGUGCAAGAAAAAAAAGGAACUGCACUCUUGUAGAGGUAGGUGUGACAGGCCGUCCUCAUUGCAUCUUUCUCUUCCCCCACCCCGUACCCCUCCCUCUCUCAUUGUCGAUGGCUAAAGGCACUGGUUGCCUGCUGUGCCGGGGUAGAGCCGAUUUUCAAAUCAGUGCCGAACCCAGACUAUGGUGAAUUAUGAAUGUGCCACAUCAUGAAUCUCUUGUGGCAGGUAACUGUGCAUCACACCUGGAAUGCUGCCCUGGUUCUUCUCGUCUACCUCACGGUACGGAUGUGGAGUGUGUGCGAAGCGUCAAACAGAGAACAGAGUUGCCCAGUUAUCUGCUCCUGCAGUAAUCACUUCAGCAAAGUCGUCUGCACUCGCCGUGGUCUCAAAGAGGUCCCUCAAGGGAUCCCUUCUAAUACCCGGUACCUCAACCUUAUGGAGAACAAUAUCCAGCUCAUUAAGGCAGACACAUUCCGACACCUGUACCACAUGGAGGUCUUGCAACUCGGCCGGAAUUCCAUCCGGCAAAUAGAGGUUGGUGCAUUUAAUGGAUUGACGAGCCUGAACACACUGGAGUUGUUUGAGAACAGGCUGACUGUGAUACCAAGUGGCGCAUUUGAGUCCUUUUCAAAGCUGCGUGAAUUGUGGCUCAGGAACAACCCCAUUGAAAGCAUUCCAUCAUACGCUUUUAACAGGGUGCCAUCACUGCUGCGUCUGGAUUUGGGAGAGCUUAGAAAAUUAGAGUACAUCCUGGAUGGUGCUUUUGAGGGCUUAAUUAACUUAAAAUACCUUAACCUAGGGAUGUGUAAUCUGAGGGAUAUGCCUAAUCUCUCACCACUGGUGAGGCUGGAGGAAUUGGAAAUGUCUAGCAACCACUUCCCAGCAAUUAAACCAGGAUCAUUUCAGGGGCUAAAAUCACUAAAAAAGCUCUGGCUUAUGAACUCGCAAGUAAAUCUGAUUGAACGAAAUGCUUUUGAUGACCUCACUGCAUUGGUGGAGCUAAAUCUGGCCCAUAACAACCUUACUUCGCUGCCACAUGAUCUGUUUGCACCACUGAAGUACCUUGUGGAGUUGCACCUACAUCAUAAUCCAUGGAAUUGUGACUGCGAUAUCCUCUGGCUUGCCUGGUGGCUGAGGGAGUACAUCCCCACAAACUCUACUUGCUGUGGCCGGUGCCAUUCCCCACCUCACAUGAGGGGGAAAUACUUGACCGAAGUAGACAAGGCCACUUUACAGUGCUCAAGACCAGUCAUUGUGGAACCGCCACAAAACCUAAACAUCUCCGAAGGGAGAACAGCCAAAUUGAAAUGUCGAACAUCUUCCAUGUCAUCCGUCAGGUGGUUAUUGCCGAACAACACGGUAUUGAGUCAUGGAUCGACACAUCCGCGUAUAUCAGUAUUUAACAAUGGAACCCUAUACUUCUUGCAUGUCUUAAUAACAGAUGCUGGUACCUACAAAUGUAUGGUCACUAAUGUGGAAGGAAAUGCUGAUGCAUCAGCCUUCCUGAGAGUAAGCAUGGCAGAGAUCAACACAUCAAAUUACACCUACUUUUCAACAGUUACCGUGGAAACGACACCCGACACCGUUAGGACUAAAGUACCACCGUUUCUGUCGACCCCACCCACUUACAAGCCAGCAUUCAUCUCCACUCCCACAGUGCUGUUACAGAGUGCAAGAAAUCCAAAAACAGUGCCAGUGAUCCCCACGUUGGCCACCAUGGACACGACCCGCACCAGCCUAGACGAGGUUAUGAAAACCACGAAAAUCAUCAUCGGCUGUUUCGUGGCGGUGACGCUGCUGGCAGCUGCCAUGCUUAUAGUGUUUUACAAACUUCGCAAACGGCAUCAACAACGGAGCACGGUGGCGGCAGCCAGGACUAUAGAGAUCAUUAAUGUGGGCGAGGACAUCACACCAUCAGAAGGAGCAGUCGUAGUGCCCUCAGUUCACGACCACAUGAACUAUAACACGUACAAACCAGCACACGGGGCUCACUGGACAGAGAACAGCCUGAGUAACUCGCUCCACACUACAAUACCUGAACCCUUUAUUAUACAAACACAUACCAAGGAGAAAGUUCAGGAGACUCAGAUCUGACUUCUGUACAUAUAUAUAUAUAUAAUAUAUAUAUAAUGCAGUAGAAUGCACAAGUUGUCAGAAUUUUGUAAAAAGUGCAAAACUCAGACUGUUUUCUUGUAUAUGCUUAUAUCAAAGCAACCAUGGCUGAUUUAAAAAAGUGAUUAUAUAUAUAUAUAUAUAAAAAUAAACUAUUUUCUAACCUGUAACUUAUGUUUAAGAAGAGACUAAGCAAGAUGCUUUCAUGACUUGGGGAAAAGAAAUGGGGCCGAACCAAUUUAAAAGGGCAUUCUGUAAUUUUUAAAGCCAAUGCUAUGAGGAUGCAGUAAAACACAUUUAUACAGAAAUUCUUUCUAAGCCCAAUACCAGACUUUACAGGUUUAUCUUGUAAAAGCACCAAUUUGUACUGUGCCAAAUGUUAAAAAGGCAAUA